UUUUAUCAAUGUUCGUCUAUGCAAAGACAAUAUUUGUAAUCUGGCAAAUUGUCUUUUUUAUAAGGUUAUGUUUUAGUGUUAAUUGUCAAAAUUUUCUGCUGAAUAUUUUUAUGAGAUUUGUCGAGAAUAUGGAGUGGACAUAUUUUAUCGUAUAGUGAAUAAGGAAAUCGGUAAAUAAUUGUCUAACAUUUCCUAUGAAUGGCUGUGUACUCUUGAAUUUCAUAUGACAUUGAUUUGAGAUGUGAACAGGAAAGUGAAUACGCACUUCUUACGAUAUAUGAUCUACGGCAAGUAAUAAAUUACAGCUGAACUGAGAUAAGUAGUUUAAAAGUUCUCAUAAUUCAUUAUAAGUAGUAGUUAAAUAUCAAAAUGACUAUGAGUCAGGUGUCUGUAUUAAAACUGUACAAUGCAGUAAUGGACGAUGUCAUAGCCGGAGUCAGAGAUUGUUUCUUGGAUGACGGUGUCGAUGAACAAGUAUUGCAAGAACUAAAACAAUUAUGGAAAACAAAAUUACAAGCUAGCGGCGCCAUGGACCCACCAAUACCCGAAACUCCAAUGCCACCACCCGUGUUACAAAACUUUCAAAAAGCCAAUGGCAAUAAUAUGUUACCUAAGAGAUCAGUUGAUAGCAUGAUGGCUCAAGGUUCUAGCCAACAAAACUCUGUAGUUGAACAUGGUGUACCAACUUCUAAUAUUCCUGGCACACAUUCGCACCAUGUUUUGGAUCCCAAUAAUAAAGUACCUGUCCAGUUAACAUUGCCCGCUCAACCGGGAGUACCUGGAUCACAAGCACGGUCCUUUACUAUUCAAAUACCGGCUUCCGCGCUGAAUGGCAACAAGUUGCAUCAGGUUCUUACUGGUCCCAUCAUUAAUGCCACAAUAAGUUUGCCACAGCCUCUUGCGGCUACUCUACUUCAACAACACAUAAAUUCUGCACUAGCAGGACAACAGAAUGAAUUUGAUGGUGGUGGAGGUGGACGCAGUGGUGCUGCUCCAUUUUCAUUGGAUGGUGCGAUGGAUUCCUCCGAUGAUGAGGGCUCAAAUGUUGGAGAUGCAUCGGAUGAUGGGGCAGGUGAUGAUGAUGAAGAUGAGGAGUCUGCAGAAGAACGAGCAGAGGAAGAAGAAGAAGAGCGGGAUGAUAGUGGUGGUGCUGAAGAAGAACCUCUGAAUUCUGGUGAUGAUGUGUCUGAUGAAGAGCCUGGUGAUAUGUUUGAUACUGAUAAUGUUGUUGUGUGUCAGUACGACAAGAUAACACGUAGCCGUAACAAAUGGAAAUUUUACUUAAAAGAUGGCAUUAUGAACCUUGCUGGUAAAGACUAUGUCUUUCAAAAAGCAAAUGGUGAUGCAGAAUGGUGAAACAGUUUAUAACAUAUAUAUAUAGACAAACAGUGUGUAUUUUUAUUAAUGGUGUAACUCAUUAUACCUAAAUGACUUUAGUAAGAAUGAAAAAGGAUCCAAAAAGACAUUGGUUGAAAUAUUAUCUCAAAUUUAUUUUAAAAUAAAUGACAUCAUUGACCUUAUGAAUUGCUUUUGUUAUGAAUUAAGGCCCUUUAUACAUAUUUUAGUUUCAAUCUAUGAG